AUGCAACGAGUGCCUUCUGAGAGUCCAGAACAACGUCCUCAGUCCAGCAACCCCCCUUUGUCAAACCCUGUUCAAGCCCUUAAACAUGGACCGAGCCAUCUUCACCUCCUUCGCCCCGUCGACCCUCCUGGCUCUGGCAGCCCCUCGCCGCGCUCAGUCCUCAACGGCCGACGCGGCUCUCUGGAUGCACUCGACGCCCGCCAGCUCAGGGAGCAACUGCGUGGAUUGAAGCCCGCCGACGGGACCAGCGAUGGCAGUUCUCGCCCUGCUGUGGGCCAAAGGAUUUUGGAUUACGAAAAUGCCCUGACUCCCGCCACGCCGAAACAGUCCAUAGGCUUCAAAGUCGUCAGGCGCUCCGGCUCAUCCAGCGGCACGCAGCUCGCAGACUUUCCUAACGAGAUCCUGACGCACAUAUUGUCGCAUCUCCACCCCGACUCGCACGCCUCCGUCGCUCUGGUGUCGAAGCGCUUCUACGCGCUCGUGACGACUCCGCACGCUUGGCGAAUGGCUUUUAUGCGCUACUUCUCAGGCCAUAUCACCCUCCAAAGCGGGCCGACCGAGGCGGAUGCCGAGGCAGGGGCCGAGGCGUUUGAUCGUGUGCGGCUGGAGACUCGCUACUUUGGCCGCCUCACCUGCCUGGCCACGUGGAGAAGCGAGUAUAUCUUCAGGACGCGUCUUAUUCGAAGCCUGGCGCGAGGGAAGCCGGGUACCAGCUCCGGAAGUAUCGGCUCGUCGGGCCGCACCAUCCUGUCCGGGAAAAAGAACAGUGCGGUCCUGACGUACAACUCGAAGCUUCCUUGGCUCGUGACAAACAUCCAUGCCGUCCUCUCUAAUGGAAAGAAGUCGCCGCGGGUCAUCCACGGAGCCGGCGAUCUCGGCGUCGCAACCCUCAGCGACCCCACGAGCGGAAAGAUUGAGAAAUGGGGCCUCGAAGAUCCCUACAUGGCUACCCACCUUCAGGAGGCGAUGCCAAACAUUGUCCCCUACGGCUUGGGGGAGGGCGCAGCCGCUGCGCCCAAUGUCAUGGACGUAAGCCAGCCGCACGGGGUCCUCCUAGGCGAAGGCUUCCCGGGUGGCCGUGCGUACUUUCGAGGAGUCAGUGACAUGUCUGGCCGUUACCUCGGCGCCGAGGGUGGUGCCGUGGACGCAUACCCCGAGAUACCUAGGAUUCCUGAAACAUUGGAAGCCGUUUGCAGCGUUUGGAUCGCCAAGUCCUCGGCAGUACCAGCCAACACGCAGUCCAUGUGUGGCAUGUUCACCGGCUCCAGCCUGGGAGUGGUGACGGCCUAUUCACUGGGCUGGGAUCAUAGUGGACCACGGUAUGCCGCCGGCGACAUGACUGCCCGCUGGGUUGUCAGCCCCGGUGUUCCCAUCAUAUCUCUCAAGAUCGACGAUGGCUACAGCGUAAAGCGCAAGUCGUCGUCGAGGGUCUGGGCUGUCGCUCUGACUGCAUUGGGAGAGGUUUACUACCUGACGGAGGCGCUCGCCACCACGGUUAAUCGGGCGAAUGAUGAUGAUCUCUUACGGCACGCUUGGUCCGCCGGUCGAUCAGCGCGCUGGCGCCUCAUCGAGGACACUCGUCGGGUCGCGCGUUCCAACGAGGUGGACAGGGGUGCCGUACGUGACGCCUGCCCAUCGCACUUCCCGUCCCAUGCCACGGAGCCCAGCCAGGAGCAGCUCAUUGCCGAGGCUCGAGGGAUUGAACAUUGUAUGCGCCAGACGCCUGCUCACUUUCGCGAACAGUACGUGGGCUGGGACAUGCAGCGCCGCCUGGAAGUGGAUUUUGCGGCAGACGACUGCCACGGCGCUGGAGAAGGCAUAUUCGUGAUUGACUGCGGACUGGCAGAGGGCCGGCCAGCUCGCAUCUGUCGAUUAGCUCGGUCGGUCAUGUCGAUGAUGCAGACUCAGGACAUCAAACCUGCUGAGCUCGCAACAUCCCCGGUGCGGACUGCGCCGUCUAUAUUCGGGUCGGAAGAGACCAAUCCAACUGUGGCCGGGUCGCAAUCACCACCUCUCUCGGCGCCAACUUCGAGGCGGAUGUCCCAGCCAUCAGCGGCUCUCCACGAUUGGCGCCGCUCGAUCUUGGAGCUCACAGGUCACAGCCACGCCGUCAUUUCUGCCAGCGGCAUGGAUUGCUCUUCGCAUUCCCUGCUCACAUUGGGCGAAGACCCUCUUCACGUUGCCAAGGAGACAGGCGUGACCCCAAAUUCAGCGAGCAAGGAAGACCUUGUGACAGGGGAGAUACCUGGACGCAGAGCACGGCUCCUUGCAGUGGGCACAAAGGGCGGUGCCAUCAUCGCCUGGAAUGCCCGGCACAGCGACGGCCUGAAGGAUAUUCUGCCUCUGCGAAUCAUCCAGACCGACUCUCCUGCCAUUACGUGCCUGGCUGCCUCCGCCCUGUACCUCGUCCAUGGAGGUAGUGACGGUCUGGUCCAGGCAUGGGACCCCCUGGCGUCGACACGAGAUCCCCUCAGAACCCUCAACGCUAGGUCCAAUGGUCGCGUCCCCCAUCACAUGCUGGCCAUGAAUCCCGCCCUACGCGGUGCCAACUACUCGGCCGCCGGGGCCAUCUACCUUGAUUCUGACCCUACUGUGCUGCGAGGCGUCGUGUCCUUUGGCGCCUUCUUGCGCUACUGGUCCUACAGCUCGGCCAGCCAUCCCACGGGUCGCAAGCGUCGACUUCGACACUCUGACAUCCACGGCCGCCUCGCCAGCCGCCGACUGGGCGGUGCCGUGUCCGGGUACAUCGCCGCCGAAGAAGCUGAGAUUCGGCGGGAGAACGAACAGCGAGCGCGGGAGCAGGCACGCCUUCACAAGCGGUUUGGAGUGGGGGCUCUCGGGGACUUGACAGAACAGGAGGCCUUGCGCUACGCUCAGAUGGUUUCGGAAGAGGCUUUCCUGCAGGACGAGCAGCGACGAGCGAGCGACUCGGCGGCCGACGCAAGCGUGGACACUGCGUCGUCCUUCAGCGAGACGACGGCCGACACAGUCACGCCGGAGCCCAGCGUCGCCGCCCAGAUUCAGCAGGCGAUCCGCCUGUCGCUUCUAGAAGGAGUCAACGGCGCGGUUCAGUCACCGCGAGGAAACAGCCCGGGCGAGUUUGAGUUCUCCAUCAAGUACAAGACCCAGGGCGGCAGGAGGAGCAAGCGGUCCGGUUCGGCGUCGCCCUCGCCCUCGGCGAACCACACGCCCAUGAACGGCGCCGAGAGCGGGCCGUCUUUGUUCGCCGCGGCGCAGGACGAGGACGAGGACCUGGCGCUUGCCCUGAGCCUAAGCAUGCAGGAGCUGGAACAGCGGCGGCAGAGGGACGACUUUCCGCCGCUCGAUAGUGACGGCUUCGGCAAGGGCAAGGGCCAACGCUGGCGAUAG